AUGGCAGACCUCCAUUUAUCGACUUGUAAGAGUCAUGAGUACACAUUGAUAAAUUUUAUCUGCUUCUUGCUAGCAAGCUUUUCUUCGGUUGCGCUGGCGGUUUUCAUUUCUACAACUCAAACAUACUUCAUCACGGAUGUGUUACAAAUAGGUGAGAACGUCGGAAGUUACGUUGGUACUUUGGGCUUGUUCGAUGAAAUCCUGUCGAUGUGCUUAGUGCCAUUGAUGGGAGUCCUAGCAGACCGAUUUGGGUCCAGGGUUGUUGUCUCAUCAGGUUUCCUCGUUUCCGGGCUAAGUCUUUUUGGUUUCGGAUAUUUUGUACGAACUAAUGUGGUCCCUCAGAUGCUAUUUUGGAGGUUGGUGUUUGCUGCCGGGCUGACAGCUUCCUUGGGUAUUCUCACAGUCAUGGUCAUCGAAAUGAACCACUCGGGAUUCGAUCUUAAAGCAUACAUAUCUGGCUUUAGCAACUCGUUAAGUCCGUUUGAUAGAGCACAAGAGGAGUCUGAUGCCAUGGGCGGUUGCGACGGAGCAGAUGUCCAUGAAAAUUAUCUGGAAAGAGUAGACAAUCUGAACAAAUCCAGGAAAGACGGGACCAAGGUCUCUUACAUGGGAAUAAUGAGUGGUCUUGGUGCAGUGUUUGCUGUCACUCUCUUAUUGAGACUUCCAGUUUUUUUUGGUAAAACAAGACCGGCAGGGUCUGCCAUGAGAAUGUCAUACUACACUGUGGGCGUUGGUGCAAUAGUUGUGGCUGUGAUUAUGUGGUUUUGCUCUUUCAAAAGUGAAAGCGAUAUCUCUUUUAAGGACGAUCUUUUCGAAUCGUAUGCACAGGACAAUGGGAUACGGGAGGAUUUGGUGAGCGAUUCUGAUGAGGAGUACUUUUCAUCCUCUACGGUAAGAGAAACUUAUUGGACUUCUCUCAAAACAGGAUUCCAGUUGUCGAUGGAAGAUCCCGGGAUUCUCAUUGCUUAUCUGAGUGGCUUUAUUUCACGAUGCAUAACAAUUGUGAUUACACUAUACAUUCCAUUCUAUGUGAACGCCUAUUACAGGGAGAUUGGAGAUUGUACCAAGAGUUCAAAUGACAAAGUUGACUGUCCAGAAUCUUAUAUUUUGUCAUCGAUUCUCACAGGUGUAGCCAAUUUAUUUGGACUUUUGCUUGCUCCAAUUUCGGGAAUUCUUGUCGAUCGAUUAAACAAUUACACCAUUCUCAUUUCGAUUGCCGCAAUCAUCUCGACAACUGGGUUUCUUACAUUCUGCUUGAUAACAACACCGGAUAAAAGUGUGAUGAUAUAUUUAGCAGCGUCAAUGAUGGGUUCUGCCCAAAUCAUGUUCAUUAUAAUAUCAAUGACUAUGAUUUCAAACAUAACCUCUGAGGACAAAUAUCGGCAGCGGGAAGGUUCUAUAUCGGGGGUAUUCGCUUUCGUCGGCGGUGUCGGGAUCAUUUUCACAUCUUUUGUUGGGGGAAAAUUAGCUGAUUUCAGUCCCAAGCUUCCCUUCUUGCUUGUGGUUGUUACAAGCAUAGUGAGCCUUUUGGCUGUUUUGCUUCUCAAUGGUCACUCUUUGAAAAGUUUGUGUGGCUUUUCAAAGCCUUCCGAAAGAAUCGAGGAACAAGAUGCUUCGAAUUUGUUAGAUUACGCUUCAACACGAACAUGA